AUGACAAAACAUAUUCCUACUGCUCCCCUCCGACAUAACCUACGCAUGAAUUCUGUUCUUAAUAGCACAAUUGCAGGUGUUGUUGCUCCAAUUGAUACACCAACUCUAGAAGUAGCAGUUGACACAGCCCCUGAAUUUCAAGUUGCUGUGACCCCAAUGGAUCACGUCCUUACCUUGUUGGCAGCCAACAAUGUUUUGAUGCAAUCGUUGCAAGAAAAUGCAAAAGGAGUGACUGAUGCAAUAACUCAUUUGAAGAAUGGCCUGGAUUUGUCUAACAAGACAAAUGAAUUUUUGAAGAACUCGGUCCUUCAGCUCAUGACUGAAAAUGCCAAAAUAAAAAAGGCAAUGACCAGCCAAAAUUCCGUGAUGCCUUCUGCUCAACUUAUCAAUAGUUACAUCAAGAAACUGAACUUUGUUAGCACAGACCCGCUCAAAGUUGCUGAGAAUAAUAAUAGAUCAGCAUGGUCAAUGACUGGCACAUAUGGUGACAAGUACAACAAGACACUUGCACUGGCUCUCUUCAAGUACCUGAGACCUCAAAGAUGUUGCACAAAUGUGUCAAAGAGUGUCAUUAUGAAUAUAAUAAAGAAUCACUACCAAAAUCAAGUGCGAGUCUUCCAGACCUCAGCAGAGAAGAUUAUGGCUAGAAAUAAAGCUGGAAGAAGACGCAACAGAGAGAAGACCCUUCUUGACCGUCGUAUUAUCACGUACCAGACAUACACAGAGGCUAUUCAUGAGGGCAUGAAUCGAUAUGAUUGCAGAAAUAUUCUUUCUAUUGACGUGAUGUCUGAUGGCGAGUCGGAUGGAGAUAACAAAGUGCGGGCAUAUCGUCCCAGCUGGAGAACUGAUGAGCUCCAGACGUUUAUUAGUACUAUUAAUGAACUUACUGUUAUCCAUUUGAAGAAAAAUUCAGAAAGCUUGAAAAAGUGCAUCUCUUAUGAGAAAGAAGUGAGCAUUCCUGAGAAUUUGGCAGUCACUUUACCAGAUUGGUGCUUUUCAAAAUAA